UUUCUGAAUUUCCUGACUACAAAAGUCUGUCUGACAUUUCUCUCUAAGUCUCAGCAGGGGAGCGGGGAAUAUCUCAAGCCAGCUACACAAAGGGAAAACAGGGGGCCCCGUUACUCACCAGGACAGGGUGAAGUCUUAAUAUGCAUCCGUCAUUGUUGCUGUGCUGUGUGCUGCUCUGUUUAGCCUGCUGUGUUACGGUACACACACACAUGAUUAUAGAGGAACAAAACAGCUCCAACCAAACAACCAUCAGCUUACAAGCAAAUAACCAAACAGAUGCACCUUCUGUGCUCAUAGUCGGGCUUUCAAAAACACCUAAGAAGAACAAUAAAAUGGAAAAGAAACAAAAAAAGAAAUUCAGCACCCAUGUGAAGAGACCUCCGCCGCCGCCGAACUGCGUCCCGCUCUGGGGCAGCUGCAAGACGCCGAGCGCGGCGUGCUGCGACCAGUGCGCCUUCUGCCACUGCCGCCUGUUCAAGACCGUCUGCUACUGCCGCAUGGGUUACCCGAAAUGCUGAACACCCCCUGCCCUGAAAGGAAGAGGAUGGGAUUGUCCCGAUCCCAAAGGGUUGUUUAUAAAACAUUAUGGGAUUAUGACAACCGAACCUCAGUGCACUCCAUCAUAUAAUCGGAGAUCUCCUGGCCAGAUAACGUUAUACCUACAAACGCUCGGGAUGAAUGGAGAAGAGCUAACGUUACCUGGGUGAUUACCGAAGUACUUUAUAUCACAUUUUAAUUCAAUGUAUAUAAAAAAAAAUUUUUUUUUAAAUGUUCGCGUAAAUGAAAAGAGUAAGCACUUUAUGGAAGAAUGUUAAAUCACCCUGUUCUGACCCGCAACCUGUUUGAGCUGCUGUAACCAAAAAGGGGCUCCACCUAAAAUCACCAUGACAGCAACAGUGGCCGUUAAAUAGUUGUUGUUGUUUACCGCCAAAACUCUCGAAAAUACAUAAAAGACAAGGAAAAUAAACAUAGAAUUAAAUAAAACGACAGGUCCAGAUAGGAGUAUUAUUUAAUAGGAGUAUUUUACAGAGAGAGAGAGAAAAAAACGUUUUGGCGAACCUAUGUGUGUAUGAAGACUUUGGUUGACAUGGUAAUUGUUUUCAACUAAUGGGGAAUAUUUUUGUUGAAAGACAAAGUUGAUGAGUAAAUAUAGUUCUUGGGUCGAUUUUAUAAAUGUACGUUUCUGUGCAUACGUGUAUAUAUUUCGUCUGGAAAUUGUAGAUGCAAUGUUUAUAAUUAUUAUUGAUUCAAGAGCAAUGGAUGACUCAAGACCAAUAUCUAAUAGCUACGAUCUAGCGCUUUUCAUUGUAAAAAUAAAACAUAAAUAGCACUGUAAAUUAAUAUAAUAAAUAAUUAAACGUGUGUUUUGUCUACUGCAUUCUGAUUUAGAAAAAUGUUCUUACUAGCUUUUUUUUCGAGAUUGAGGACAUAAUUCCCCAAAAUUAUAAAUAUAGGCUACUGUAUAUCAUUUGGGGGAAUUCUGUAUAUAUACUGUAUGUACAAAAAUAUAACAUUUUAUGGGAUUCUAUAAUCUAUAAUUCUAUAUUAUAGAUUAUAUUUUGUUUUAUAUAUACUAUAUUUUGUAUUUUCAAUAUAUAUUCUUUUAAUGCUUACUUGUGAUCACUUUCAAUGAUUCACUUUCUCAAAAGCCAGCCAGCUAGUGACUUCUCUGCACAUGGUAUGUAGUAGUCAGAUUAAGGCAAACCAUUGUAAAGUCUUUGUAUGGAAAUUGUUAAACAGUGGGCCCAUGAGAAAAAAAAACAACUUUGUUAUUAUACUUAUUGUUAUCACUUACCCAUGCUGUAAACACGCAUCUUUUCUAAACUGACAUAAUAUAUCCAUGAGUUUUCUAUUAUUAUAAUUUUUAAAAUCAACAUCAAGAAGAAUGUGUAUUUUGAGUAUGAGUACCAUUUUUUUUUCCACUUCAGGCGCAGUCUGUGACUGCCAAGUGAACUGUUUUUUAAAUAAAGACGUUACUACAAACCAUUCAAUUUA